CCACCGCGGCUCCUGCACCCGCACCCGCCGCACCACAACCAUCAGCUCAACGGCCUCCUCAGCCCCGAGCUGCGCCGCCUCCGCGCCUCCCUCAAGAGCAAGGUGCUGAGCGCCGAGGAGGGGCCCGUCGCCGCCGCCAACCACCUCCCCCCGCCGGGCAGGACUGCGCCCCCCGCCGCCGGGGCCGCCCGCAAUGGACUGGCGGGGGGCAGCGGGCCCGAGGAGGAGGAGGGGGAGGAAGAAGAGCAGGAGGAGGACGAGGCGGUGGAGGAGCCCCUGCUGCUUCUCACCCGGUCCUUAGCCUCCGGCUGCAGCUUGAAAGGCUCAGAGACGGACUCUCGGCCCGAGGAGGACCCCACGAUAGGAUAUGUGCGAUACGAGUCCGAGCUGCAGAUGCCCGAUAUCAUGAGACUGAUCACCAAAGAUCUGUCUGAACCCUACUCCAUUUACACAUAUAGGUAUUUUAUCCACAACUGGCCCCAGCUGUGCUUUUUGGCCAUGGUAGGUGAAGAGUGUGUAGGUGCCAUUGUCUGCAAGUUGGAUAUGCACAAAAAGAUGUUUCGCAGAGGUUAUAUAGCCAUGUUAGCAGUGGAUUCCAAAUACAGAAGAAAAGGCAUUGGUACAAACUUGGUUAAGAAAGCUAUUUAUGCCAUGGUUGAAGGAGAUUGUGAUGAGGUUGUCUUGGAAACAGAAAUCACGAACAAGUCUGCUUUGAAACUUUAUGAAAACCUUGGUUUUGUGCGAGAUAAGAGGCUGUUCAGAUACUAUUUAAAUGGAGUUGAUGCACUGCGUCUUAAACUAUGGCUGCGUUAAAAGAAACCACCACGUCAAGCAACCAACUUCCCAACAGCGCAGAGUUGUCCUUUGCAUGCAUUGCAAUUUGUACAGAAUUGCUUUGCAGGUGGACUUAGUAAUUUCCAUGCAGCUCUUAUCUGUCAGUGUCUCAUUGAGUGUCGCACAUAUUUGUUGCACUUUGGCAUGGCACAUUUGUUCUGAAUUAAACCAGAUUGUUUCAAACUUCGAGUUCUUUUGGUACCAGCAGGAUGUGCCAGUUGAUAGCCAAGAUACGUUCGUUCAUUUGCAAGUCUACUGACUGUAUUACAUACACAGUGAACAUUUUAUCAAAGAACCUGUAUGUGGAACACAGCGUUUGGUUCCAGAAAAAAAGCCAAUGUAGAUUGUAAAAUUCUCUUAAGUAUACUAACAUUUCAUACAAAACUUGCCAUAGUUUUCUGGAAAAAAGGCUUCAAUUUUAGGUUUUAUUUUUCCAUAUUGAAUUAUCCAUUCUUAAAUAUUGGUACCUCAGUGAUUAGUGAAUGAAAAAAAAAUGUAUUGUAGGGUGGGGUGUGUGUUACAAUGAGUAACGGUAACAAUUUAAAUUGCGUCUGCCAGUGCCUGUAUAGAUAAGUAUAUUUGUCUUCACCUCUUAAUUUUUUUGAGUGCAUGCUUUUUUUUUUUCUUUUACCUUUUUUGAUUGUCUCUGCAAGAAAACUUUCUGCUUUUAUUUAAAUUCUGGAUUUGAUAAUAAAUUAUUUUAGAUUUUUAUAAUUUGGAUAUUUCUCCCAGACAAGGGUUUGGAAGGCCCUUCUUUUCUUAUAGCAAGAAGUGUAAGCUAUUUUGAAAACCUUGAGUAGCUGCUAAAAGAGAACCUGAUGUUACCAGCAAAUUUCUGCUGGUUUUGGAUGCACUUUUUCUUUAAAAGUGAGGGACUUUUUACAAAAGAAAAAAAAGAAAAAUAAUGUAAAUUGGUAUGAUUUUAUUUAAUCAAAUUUAUCACUCGGCACUCUGAAAAACAGCUGUUUUAAAAUAGUUGGGACUUUUUUUUCCAGAUUCGGUUUGCUUUGCUUCAGUGUUCUAAAAUGCUUCAAUCUUCAGUUUUUUUGGUCUUGGAAAUAAAUUUCAAGGUGCAUUGUAUCUAUUUUUAGCUGCUGUCAUUUUCUGUAAACUUACCUGAGUUAAGUUAUCAGGGGAUCCUUCUUUUUUCACUUCCCCCUAUCCACAAUAAGUUCAGCGGGGAAGGGACUUCCCUUUUUUAAAGUGGGCUUACACGGGUUUUACCAAAAGCCAUCAAUUUAUUCACUAGUUAGACUAUGUCUACACUCGUUUGAACAAUGAGAUGUAUAACUAGGUCUAUAGAUGAGCUGUUUUUUCACUUUUGGGGAAAAAAAACAAACACUGUGCUAUUGGCUUAUUCAUGUAACUGGAAGAACCUAAGUAACCCAUGAAAAAGGCUGAACUCUCAAUGAAUCCGCUUUUCUGUACUGUGCAUAAUCCUCAAAUUUGCCUUACUACACUGCGUCUGUUAGGGUUUGGUUAGAGUCAUGUUUUUAAUUGUUAAUUACUGUACAUUUACAAACCCUACCUCCAGUAACAUUUGGAACAGGUCCCCUCGAAGGAAAACUGGAUUUGAAGGAAAGUCAGCCUGAUUUUGCACAGACUGAAUGUUCACAUGGUGAUAAGCAUUCCCCAUGUUCUAAAAUUGUGAAUUGUAUUUGAAAAUAAAGGUGUGAGUUUGUAAGUUUAAAUUGGCACUCCUGCUUUCUCUCCCUGUGGACACCAUUAGUGUUUUUCAUUUAUCCAUUUCUAAAACUUAAUUUGGGGCUCUAAAAUGGUGCCAGAAUCCCAGCAAGAUAAAUGGAAGUAAUCUGCUGUUCACAGAACGAACUCAACGUGGUUCACAUCAGUGUUUCCACCUUGUAAUGCAAUUCAAACUUGUUCCAGUUAGACAACUCUUAGGGAUGAAUCUGUCAUCUCUCCUGUCUGUUGGUAGGUGCUAAUUGUAGGUAAAAUUUCAUCACAUAUUAGUAAACUAACUCCUGACCAUAGGCUAAUUUCACAUAGGUGCUUUAGUGGCCUACAAAAUGGAGAACUGUUCUGGCUCAUUUGAAUCAGUGGUUCAGAAGAAAGUAAUUCCACAUCCUAUUAAAAGCUGUUGCACAUUGUACAAGGUCAAGUAAUGGAAACUGCAAAUGCAGUCUUUCUUUUGCGUCUUCUAUUGGUUAAUAUUAAAGCAGAGGGCUUUCCGAUUUCUUAAAAGCACAUUAGAAACUAGCUUAAUAUUUCAGGUAGGUGGUGCCACAGUUGUCAUGUUGUGCAUUCUAAAAUCAAAUACAAUUCCAUCCGUUUAAAGCAAGAAGCAACUUUCACCAUGCAAACUUUCAGGAUGCUGAGCAAAAUGGGUGUGCCUUUCUUUUAAAAGAAUGUCUACAAAAUCCUAAUAUUGCUACUGUAUAACACACAGUUCACCACCGAAGAUACUGAAGCUGUACAUGUUGUUGGUGUUCAGAGAUACAGGUAUAUUCCUCACUUUGCUGCAUGGGGUUGGAUGUCAUGGAUGGAUGUGAUGUAUUUUCAGCAGGAUGAGAGCUUAAUUUGAAUAGAACUUCUCACAGAAUCUAGAAAAGUAUCAGUCACUUUUCUUGUCUGUUGCUAAGACACAUCCCCUUUUUUGCAUUGACAAAUCUGAACUAUGGAGUUGGUAUUAAGUUACUUUUAUGUUUAACUUCUUUAUGCUGCCCAAACACUGCUGUUGGCUGACAUACGUCAGAGUGGAUGUUUGCAUUACAAUGUUUAAAACAAGAAGGGAGAGAAACCAUCAGGUUUAUCACUUUCAGAAAAAAUAGGCAUAAUUUAAUUGGCGUUAAGUAGUGAAUCACAACUAUUUUUCAGUGCACCGCAAGUCAUCACAAAAAUGGAGUGCUAUGUUAAAAGGUUUUCAAGUCUUGUAUAAACGUACCAUAAAUUAUAUUUGGAGUUUGGGUAUCGGAUGGGUAUCUAUAAAAUAUCAAGUGUAUCUCAAAAUAUUGGACUGCUGUUUUGAGUGGAUUAUAUUCUGUCCUUUUAUCCUUUGGAGAGAAUAAGAACAUUGGGGUUAUGAAAUGUACAAGCUGUCUAAAUAAGCUGCAGUCAAAUAAAAUAUGGUUAAGUUGUUUA